AUUAAAGUUGCCGAGUGACGCCAUAAAUGAUGAUCGCUCCCCAUAAUACUAUCUGAGUCUGAGAGCAACAAGACGAGAAAAUUAUCCAGUUCCUGAUUGAGGCCGGUGCGGCGGUGCGUUAGUCUGAGGCAGCAGUGAGAGGCAGGCUGGAUGGAAGGAGGAUUACCGUUGAUUGAAAGAGAUGAUAAUCCUAAUCGUAGAUUAACAUGGAGCGUAUUUGGGGAGGAGGCUAAGAAAUUCGGAUACAUAGCAGCGCCAAUGGUGGCAGUGACUCUUUCACAGUAUUUGUUGCAGGUUAUCUCGGUCAUGAUGGUCGGUCACCUCGGUGAGCUUGCUCUUUCUAGCGCCGCCAUUGCCAUCUCCAUUUCUAGCGUCACUGGUUUCAGCUUAAUCAUGGGGAUGUCAAGUGCACUGGAAACGUUAUGUGGACAAGCUUACGGAGCUCAACAAUACAAAAAAUUCGGAACUCAAACUUACACCGCCAUUUUCUCUCUUAUAAUCGUUUGCAUUCCUCUCUCUAUCAUCUGGAAAAAUACAGGAGCUAUACUCCUUCUUAUUGUACUACAACCACUCGUUCGUUAUUUCCAAAUGCAAAGCAUGCUAUGGCCUAUGCUCAUUAGCUCAACUGUUGCUCUACUUUUACACAUUCCUCUUUGUUAUGCCCUUGUAUACAAGACCACAUUAGCAAACAUUGGGGGAGCAAUUUCCAUGGGUAUUACAACGUGGCUAAAUGCAAUCUUUCUUUUCUUUUACAUGAAAUAUUCUCCCUCGUGUGAAAAAACACGCGCCCCUAUAUCGAUCGAGGUUGUCCAUGGGAUGAAACAGUUCUUUAGCUAUGCUAUCCCUUCCGCUGUCAUGAUUUGUCUUGAAUGGUGGUCAUAUGAAAUUCUAAUAUUGUUAUCCGGUCUUCUCCCAAAUCCGGAGCUUGAAACUUCUGUUCUUUCUGUAUGUCUCAAUACUAUUGCGACACUUUACGCCAUAGCAUUCGGAUUCGGGGCUGGAAUAAGCACAAGGGUAUCGAAUGAGCUAGGGGCUGGAAACCCACGUGGCGCCCGUAUGGCAGUCUAUGUUGUCCUUAUCCUUGCCAUCAUCGAAACAAGUGUCAUUAGCACAAGUGUUUUUGUUAGUAGGCGUGUUUUCGGGUAUAUUUUCACAAACGAAAAGGAAGUUGUUGACUAUGUUACAAAAAUGGCUCCUCUUCUUUGCUUAAACAUUAUCAUGGAUAGUCUACAAGGAACCCUUUCAGGUGUUGCGAGGGGUGUUGGGUGGCAACAUCUUGGGGCUUAUAUCAAUCUUGCUGCUUUUUAUCUUGCUGGGAUUCCGGUUGCUGCUUUCUUGGGAUUCUACACAUCAUUACGAGGAGUUGGUCUAUGGAUUGGAAUCCUUGUGGGUGCUGCAAUACAACUUAUUUUACUCACCACUGUAACCAUUUCCACAAAUUACGAAAAACAGGCUACAAAGGUGAGAGAGAGGUUAUUUAAUGAGGAAUCGUCUGUGGAGAGAAUAAUGUGAAGUUAAAGUGUACUUGUUUGUGUUUCGUUUAUGUAACUAUAAAGUUGAUUAAAUGAUGUUUGUAUAUUUUGUUUCCAAGUAGAAAUGCAUAUGUUUUAUUCAUAAAGAUAUCAUAAUUUCAAUAUUAC